AUGUCUCUGGGGGCUGCUUCUAGGCUGCAUAAUAAUGCUCUUUUCAGAGUGGAUUCUGGAGUGGAAAUACGUGGAUUCCUGGACGAUUCCACCAAACAAGUCGAGUGGGGCGAAGCCCACCUUCUCGCAGGACUCCACGAGUUUCUGUCAACUUAUAGCAAAAGACCUAUCAAGAAAAAUGUGCUUGGAAUGAGGCUAGAUCACUCUUUUGGACUUUGGUUUGUGGCUCGUCAACUUGAACCACAGAUUAUUAUCGAGAGUGGUGGUCUGAGGGGUCACACAACUUGGGUUUUACGCCAAGCAAUGCCUGACGCGAGAAUUAUUUCAAUUAGUCCCAAAUACCCUUUGUCACAUUUAGAAGAUGGCCUUGGAGCAUAUGUUGACUCCAACUGCGAGUACCUUACCGGAGAGAAAUUUGUGGAUUUUGGAUAUGUACGUUGGGAUAGACACCUUCGGCAAGAUGCUGAUAGGAGCAAAAUUCUAGUGUUUUUUGAUGACCACCAAAAUCAUCUCAAAAGAAUGAGCCAGGCAAGCCGGGCAGGAUUUAAACAUUUAGUGUUUAAUGACAAUUGUGACACUGGACAUGGUGAUCAAUAUUCACUCCGACAAGUUUGUGACCAAGUAAGCAAUGGGGGAGGACACACUUGCUCCACAAACAGUCAGGAAGCUGAAACCAGAAAUUUGAGGAAGAAAAUGUGGGAAAAUGCAGUAAACAUAUCAGAUCUCUGCAGUCAAGGAGGAGCAUGGUGGGGAAAGCAAGGUCGUGCUUACGACGACUUUGGGAAAACCAAUGCUCCCAUCUCUUACGAGCAACAUGUGAAGAACUUUCAUCUCCUCGAGUCCAUACUUGACACGUACUGGGAACUUCCCCCAUUGGCCGCUGCAUAUUUAACACGUCAAACCACUUUUGAUCCCGCAAGAACAAGUUGGCCACUUGUUUUUAACUUGAAAGACACCUCCAUCUUCAGUAAAAUUGGGUUUGAUAAGUGGCUCUUCAACGCGUAUGCUUACAUGGUAUAUGCUCGCUUGAAAAAUGAUAUACCUUUCGAAUUCCAAUUAGAAAUUGAGCAGGAAUGGGUCAAUAACCUUGGAACAGAUCCCAAAUAUUAA